GAUCAGAGGAUCCCUAAUCCCGAAGUCAACACGUACUAACUGAUUUCAACAGUGGGUGGUGUUUCCGCUGCCGUCUCCAAGACUGCUGCUGCCCCUAUUGAGCGUAUCAAGCUCCUCAUCCAGAACCAGGAUGAGAUGAUCCGCGCUGGUCGUCUUGACCGCAAGUACAACGGUAUCACCGACUGCUUCAAGCGUACCGCCGCCUCCGAGGGUGUUGUCUCUCUCUGGCGUGGUAACACUGCCAACGUCAUCCGUUACUUCCCCACCCAGGCUCUUAACUUUGCCUUCCGUGACACCUACAAGUCCAUGUUCGCCUACAAGAAGGAGCGUGAUGGAUACGCCAAGUGGAUGAUGGGUAACCUUGCCUCCGGUGGUGCUGCUGGUGCCACUUCCCUCCUCUUCGUCUACUCUCUCGACUAUGCCCGUACCCGUCUUGCCAACGACGCCAAGUCCGCCAAGGGCGGUGGUGACCGUCAGUUCAACGGUCUCGUUGACGUCUACAAGAAGACUCUUGCUUCUGAUGGUAUUGCCGGUCUCUACCGUGGUUUCGGUCCCUCUGUUCUUGGAAUUGUUGUCUACCGUGGUCUGUACUUCGGAAUGUACGACUCCAUCAAGCCUGUUGUUCUGGUUGGUCCUCUUGAGGGUAACUUCCUUGCUUCCUUCCUUCUCGGCUGGACUGUCACCACUGGUGCUGGUAUCGCUUCUUACCCUCUUGACACCGUUCGUCGUCGUAUGAUGAUGACCUCCGGUGAGGCCGUCAAGUACAACUCUUCCUUCGAUGCUUUCCGCCAGAUUGUCGCCAAGGAGGGUGUCAAGUCUCUCUUCAAGGGUGCUGGUGCUAACAUCCUCCGUGGUGUUGCUGGUGCUGGUGUCCUGUCCAUCUACGACCAGGUCCAGCUCAUCCUCUUCGGAAAGAAGUUCAAGGGUGGCUCCGGCUAAGCGAUUGAUUAAGUUCAAUUCGUUUUUGGAUGUGAAUUCAGUGGGGAAAAGGGGGGGAUCUGGCGUAACUGCCAGAUGCUGAAAAUUAGAGAUAUGCGUCAAGGAACUGUGUACUCUUGAGCAUAGAGCAGUGUGAUAUUCCCUUGUACCAGUUGUAUUUUACUGUCUGCAAGUUUAUUUUAUUUCCUUUUCUUCUAAAUAUGCUUAUUCCACAGUAUAUUAUGCGA